CAACGAUGUCAUUCCGCGGAUAACUUUCAUACUCAGUGCAUUAAUGAACAAAAUGUGUAAAAUAUUUUUUCUUCACGUAUUAUUUUUUACAUCAUUAUCAUCUUCAGCUGUAGUAAAAUGGAUACCAAGUGCGAGUUUUGAUUUAGCAAUAAACUUUAACGACAAAAAAUUGCCAUGUUCGAAACAAACUGUCGUGUUUCCAGAGAGUAUUAUGGAAACAAUAAGAAUACGUUCAAAAACUCACGUGAAAGGUCUAGUGUUGCCAGUUAACAGUGAGAUCAGUUUAGAAACUGACGCGAUAGAGUUUGGUGGUGGAGACAAGGAGGAUGGCUGUGAAGAAGGUAACGCUUACUACCUGGACCGGUCAGCGUCUAGUUGGGCUCAAGCUGACGUGUGGCAGUCUGACAGAUUCAACGAAGCCACACCAGAUGCAGAAAGAAUACCGUGCUACGACGACCUUGUAGAGUUCCCAGAAGAAUCUCAAUUCACUGUUAAGAUGCCCGAUGUGUCUCAAGUAACAAGAGGAAUAAAAGUGAAUGGGGAGGUCCUGUAUUCUACGGUUCAAUUUAUUCGACAUGCAUUUAGUUUUGAGGAACACGAACAAUCUUUUGUCCCUAAUGAGAAUCUGAGAUUGGGCGUGUCUAUAAAUAUGAAAGCAGAAUGCACAUCCCCGGCUGGAUGUCCGUGCCAAAAGUUUCCUGUAAAAAUUGAUUGCUCAACGAAAUUUUGUCCUAAACCUACUUGCCUAGAACCUAUCAAGCCCAUCGGCCAUUGCUGCAAGAUCUGCGGCGGCGCUCUCGCAUUUGAAGUGGAUCAAUCCUUCAUCUACCAACGCUUUAAGGAACUAGUUCAGGAAACCGUCAUGUCAUAUGGAGAAGAAAGACUUGUGUACCACGUUGGAAGAAUAGUCAGUGAUACGAAAGAGCUAGUCCAAGUCGUUGUGUUAGACAAAGACGGAUAUACUGGCACAAGUGCUGAAGUUGUCAAUGAUCUUCAGUAUGUGGCAAAGACCCACUCCUCUCAACUGUGGGUUGCUGCUAUGAUGAGUGGAAGUCCUCUGUCCAAGGCCGGUCUCGGUGCCAAGAUAGCUGUUUCCAUGUUCUUCGUCGUGGCAAUGUUUAUGGGUGCAAUCUACGCGUAUUACUACAAGCUGCCAAAUAUCCAGUUGCCUAGUUUAGGUCGGGAUCGUCGCACGGCGAUCACGAGGUUCCAGCGCCGCACGGACAGCGUGGUGACCCUGACCAGACGUGACUCUACCGUGUCUCUGCCGAGCGCCACCGCGUUUAGGAAUCCAUUGUAUGACUCUAAAAGGGGGCGUGGAGAUACUGAUAAUGACUAAACUUGAUAGUUUUUGUGACUCAUUACAUUCUGCAAAAUCUAUUUUAUUAAAAGGUACUUACUCAAAAUC